AUGCUCGUCAACGCCCGAGUCAUCUUGGCUUCAGCCUGCCUACUCUCACCCACCUUGGGCCGAGUCCGAGCCCAAGAGACCGAAGUCUCUUGGCUCCGAGAGGCCACCAAGAACAACGACGAAUCUCAGUCGAAGAAUGAGGUCUAUGAUCCCGCCAACAACAAUAUCAGCGAAGUCAGAACCGCUGAGGGCCUUGAUAUCUCCAAGGCUAUAGCCGCCAUCGACGCUGAGAUAGAUAAGCGCGUAUCAAUUGGAAAGGGCUGGCCGUUCUGGACUUACCCCAGCGAUGACGACGAUGAUGACAAGAAAGACAAUGGCACGGCAUCUCACGGCAUCAGUAUUGGCAAGAGAGACUUGUCUCUCCCAUUGUCUGCCGCCAUCGGCCUGGCCGUCAUGGCUGCGUUGCUCUAGGCGAUAGGAGUUGUGGGCUAUCUAGGAACUGAACGAC